AUGGCUCCGCUGGGCGCUCUGGCCUUGCUAUGCUCCUUGUAUGUGGAGAUGGCCAGCGCUAUCCGGCAUUCGGAAGAAAAGUCAGCUGCUCACUUGCAUGAGGACGUUAAGGAAAAGCAGGGCUUAACCUUGACCAAGCAGUGUUGCUACAGCGAGCGCGAUGACGUUAACUUCUGCUCUUAUGAUGACUGCUUUGUUCCCUUCAAGAAGGAUAUGUCUUGCCCAAAGGAUUGCUGCACGAAGGGUACGAACUGUCCAAAGCGCGGAGAGAAGAAGAGGCAUUGCUGCUGGAAUGCCGUAGAAGGCAAGAAUACAUGCUUCAAAGACCAUUGCGCGGCAGAGGCGGAUCCGGACUAUGUAUGCCCCUCCGAGUGCAAGAAAGAGUGCUGCUGGAGCCCGGAACAUCAAGAGAACCUGUGCUUCGAGGAGUAUUGCAAGUUCCCUCCAAAGCUCAACGUCGGGUACAGAGGAUCCUGCCCGGAUGAGUGCAACGACGUCUGA